GCACCACGGCACCGGUACGCCGCGCCCUCCCAGUUCCCGCCCCCCCCGCUCCCUGUGCCGUCUCGCCCCGCCCCCUGGCUGUGACGCGGUGGGCUCUAUAGUGACGCGGUGACGUUGUGGGGGAGGGGGGAGUUCAGCGCGGCGGAGCCGGUGUCUGCGGCGGACGGAGCGCGGAGCCCAGACCCCUCCCCCAUGGCGGCCAGGCGGCUGCGCGCGCUGCUGCGGCCGGGGGCGUGCCAGGGGCUGCGGCCGGGAGCGCCCCCGCCUGGCAGUUGCAGGGCCGUGUCUCUCUGUGGGAUUCUGCUGAGCCGGGUGCCUUGGGCACUAAACAGCCUGGACUGGACCCAGCACAGCCGGACGUUCAUCAAUCUCACAGGGCCUUUCACCAACAAAAGGAAGGAGUAUUCGGAGCGGAGGAUUAUAGGGUACUCCAUGCAGGAAAUGUACGAGGUGGUGUCCAAUGUGGAUGACUACAAGCACUUUGUCCCCUGGUGCAAGAAGUCGGUGGUGGUCUCCAAGCGCACGGGCCAUGUGAAGGCUCAGCUGGAAGUGGGCUUUCCGCCCGUCCUGGAGCGAUACACCUCCAUCGUCACCCUGGUGCGCCCACACCUUGUCAAGGCCAUCUGCACUGACGGGAGGCUCUUCAACCAUCUGGAGACCAGCUGGCGCUUCAGCCCCGGCAUCCCGGGCUACCCCCGCACCUGCACGGUGGAUUUCUCGAUCUCCUUCGAGUUCCGCUCCCUGCUGCACUCGCAGCUCGCCACGGUCUUCUUCGAUGAGGUGGUCAAGCAGAUGGUGGCCGCUUUCGAGCGGCGGGCGGCCAAGAACUUCGGGCCGGAGACGCGCAUCCCCCGGGAGCUCAUGUUUCACGAAGUUCACCAAACGUGAGGGGGUCGGGGCCACACGUGCAGACUCUGUCGGGGCAGCGGGAGGCACUUGGACGCCCUGCCCACCGCCUUUUUAACUAUUUAUUUGAUUUCACUCUCCUGACGGUGUCUCUAAUUUAUCUGCUGUGCCGAGAAUGGGGACGUACCCGGAGUGGCUCGGUCUGGCUGCCUCGGAGCGUCCCCCAGGCCUGCCAUCUUGCACAGAAGAACCACACUGGCCCGCUGGGCUCCAUAUUUUUGUAGCUAAUUUUAUUUUAAUUUAUUUUAUUUUGGG